ACCUGACAAUCAUAAAUGAGAUUAUUUUCUUAAUAAAAAUUCAAGUGUAACUAACUAAUAUUAACUAUGGAUCUGACAGAGGCAGUUAGAUCUGUUUAUUUGGUAUAAUGUUUGGUUUUCAGUAUUCUGAGAUGUCUCAAUUUUCAGCGAGCCCUGUUUUAUAAAACAACAGAUGCCUGCCGGAGAGUUGAACAGUGAGGUUGUUUCUCUCUUAGAGGGUGGGUCGAAUGAAGAAAUAGUUGCAGGGAAUGGCGUAAAGAAGUAUUUUUUGCCGGGGGAAUCGUUCAAGUGCUGGAGCAACUAUGGAAACGCUCUUUUGCAAACGCCCCAACGCUUCAAAGAACGUGCGCUUUCGAGGGCAGAUGAGAAGAAAGAGGCGGAAGAGAUCAGAAAGAGGAGUGAGAAUGAUAUGAGGAGGACUCUCAACUGGUGGGAUUUAACCUGGUUUGGAUUCGGCGCAGUCAUCGGAACAGGGAUUUUUGUGCUCACUGGACAGGAAGCCCACGAGGACGCAGGCCCCGCCAUUGUUAUAUCCUAUGCUCUCUCUGGAUUCUCCGCGAUGCUUUCUGUCUUCUGUUACACUGAAUUCGCAGUCGAAAUUCCUGUUGCGGGCGGCUCAUUUGCAUACCUGCGGGUGGAGCUGGGAGACUUGGCAGCAUUCAUAGCCGCAGGAAACAUAAUCUUGGAGUCCAUAGUAGGCGCAGCGGCUGUGGCUCGAUCCUGGACCUCUUAUUUCGCCACUCUCCUCAACCACUCCCCUGAUGAUUUUCGCAUCCACACAAACCUGGCCUCAGGUUUCAACCUCCUCGACCCCAUUGCAGUCGCUGUCCUCCUCUUGGCCUCCGUAGCCGCCAUUGUUAGCACGCGAUUUGCAUCCUAUCUCAACUGGAUCGCCUCCGCCGUCAAUACCCUUGUCAUCCUCUUCAUCAUCAUCGCCGGCUUUAUGAACGCCAACACCUUCAAUCUGAGCCCCUUCUUUCCCUACGGCGUCAAGGGUGUCUUCAGAGCAGCAGCUGUUGUGUACUUCGCGUAUACAGGCUUCGACGCCAUUGCCACCAUGGCAGAAGAAACGAAAAACCCAUCUAGAGAUAUUCCCCUGGGUUUGCUCGGCUCCAUGUCGGCCAUAACUGUGAUAUACUGUCUCAUGGCACUGGUUCUCGUUCUCAUGCAAAGUUACAUUGAUUUAGACGUCAAUGCUGCCUAUUCCUUGGCAUUCCAAAGCAUUGGUUGGAAAUGGGCAAAAUAUCUGGUAGCCCUAGGAGCUCUGAAAGGAAUUACUACUGUUUUAUUAGUGGGCGCAGUGGGACAGGCAAGGUAUACGACUCACAUCGCCAGAACACACAUGAUUCCUCCUUGGUUUGGCUUAGUGAACGAGAAAACUGGUACGCCUAUCAACGCAACGGCUUCAAUGGCAAUUGCUACCUCAUUGGUGGCCUUCUUUUCAAGCCUAGAUGUGCUUUCUAACCUUCUCUCCAUCAGCACUCUGUUCAUAUUCAUGCUCAUGUCUGUUGCUCUGCUUGUGAGAAGACAUUAUGUCAAGGAGAAAACUUCCAGAAAACAUGUUUUUUUGUUGACAACUUUCAUUAUUAUAAUUAUAUGCUCGUCUGCAGCGACUGCUGCCUACUGGGCCGUGUCCAGUGGAUGGAUUGGGUAUUGCAUUACUCUUCCUGUCUGGUUUUUGGCCACUGUGGGUCUGGCUGUGUUUGUGCCACAGUGUAGAGAGGCCAAAGUGUGGGGGGUGCCUCUGGUUCCAUGGCUCCCUUCGCUGUCAAUUUGUAUCAAUUUGUUUCUCAUGGGGUCAUUGGAUUAUAUGUCGUUCAUCAGAUUUGGGAUUUGCACGGUGAUAAUGUUGGUGUAUUAUGUUUUUCUUGGACUCCAUGCCUCGUUUGAUGCGUCUCAUGUUGUGGGUGUUACUUAAGAGAAUGGAGGAGAAAGCAAUGCAAAGAAAUGUGAAAUUUUAUUUUGCAAUACUCUGAGAACUUUGUAUGAAAAUGUGUGACGAUAUCUGAUAUAAUUAGAUUUCUAUAUUCCUUGCAAAUA